AGUUGUGUACCGAUCCUCUUGGUAUUGAAGAUGGGACUAUUCCCGCGGAACAACUGUCCGCAUCCAGUGAAUGGUCUUUACGGACCGGGGCACAUAGUGGACGACUGAACACUGAAGUAGAUAGUUCGGGAAGUGCAGGAGCAUGGUGUUCAAAAAUCAAAGACCAAUACCAGUGGAUUCAAGUUGACCUCGGCAAACUGCAUAAGGUACGCGGAGUAAUCACACAAGGCCGCAACAAAUGCUGCUUACAAUGGGUGACGUCUUAUGAGAUUUUUUACAGUGUCGAUGGUAACCUGUUUCAACCAAUCAGGAAUUCAGAUUGUCAAGUAACUAGGUUUGUUGGAAAUUCGGAUCAAGACACUACCGUGACAAACAUAUUUACUGACCCUGUCUAUACCCAAUUCGUCCGUAUUCAUCCAGUUGACUGGCAUGGCCAUAUAAGUUUACGAUUUGAGGUCCUUGGAUGCUCAGCAG